AUGCCACCGCUUACGAAGACUCCCCCACCCCACUUGAACGGUUCAGCAAACGGCCUAACUCAAUCAGCCAGCUUAGACUACCUUAUUCACUCAUACCCUUAUCUCGACCUGGAAGUCACUUCCGACAACCUUUUUGAAGGUGCCUGGAACGUGGUUUCCAGUGUGUUUCCAAUCUGGAAGAGAAACAAUGUCAAAUUUACCCAGUGCAAGGAUGGCAUCACCAAUCAGUCCUUCGUGGUGCAGCCUAUUGACGUACCUGGACACCUUAUGGCUUUUGCAGUGGUUCGAGUUGUACAUACGUUGGAUAAUGUAUCCGUGCUGGUUCGAGCUUACGGAAAGGGGUCAGAACUCAUCAUCGACCGGAAACAAGAACUGAUAAAUAUCAUAACUUUGUCGGCUCAAAAUCUAUGCCCGCCAUUGUACGCACGAUUUAAAAACGGUUUGGUGUACGGAUUCAUAGAGGGUACAGUAUCUACUGUCGAGGAUAUGUUUGACACUGAAAAAGCCAAUAUGAUUGCCGUUAAGCUGGCUCGCUGGCACAAGGUCCAACCAUUGGCCGACUCGGAUCCCAAUAAUCACGAGGAUACAAAACUCUGGAGCACCAUGAGAAAAUGGAUGGAUUCAGUACCUGCACAAUACGAAGAUCCUUCAACUCAGACUACUUUUGCCAAGAGCAUCGACAUGGAGUUCCUUAAGCAUGAGCUCGAGACGCUUUCUGCGAAACUGACCAGCCUCAAUUCCCCCAUCGUAUUUUCACAUAAUGAUUUGUUGUACGGCAAUGUGAUUUACGCUCAAAACCAAGCGUUCUUCAUCGACUAUGAAUAUGGAAUGCUUGCCCCACGUGGAUUUGAUAUUGGAAAUCAUUUCAAUGAAUUUGCUGGGUUUGAAUGCAAUUACGACAACUACCCAAACAAAGUCUUCCAGAUGCAAUGGUUUGAAUGGUAUCUAACGGCAAGCUCAGGAAGUCAACCCAGUGAAGAGGAGAAAGAAAAGCUGUUUCAGGAAGUCGAGCACUACUCCCUUGCAUCUCACCUGUAUUGGGGAUUAUGGGCUCUCUGCCAAGCUAUGGUUUCGGAUAUUGACUUUUCUUACAUGGAUUACGCAGUGCUGCGAUUUUCAGAAUACAAGAAGCGAAAAUUACAAGUCAUCGAGCAUUCACAAUAG